AUGACUAGGGCGAAUCCUGAGUUUAUGCAUCCUUUAAUUUCUGAAAUAGAUAGAGAAUUUCAUAGGUUAAUUAGAGCACGUAGAGCUUUUGUAACUGAUCCUCAUUCAAGUGAUUCUGAUUCUGAUUCUGACUUUGAUUUUGAUUCUGAAUUUGUUGCAGUUUCUGAGAACAUGGCUGAAGAAGGACCACGAGAGAGAACACUAAGGGAGCUGGCUGCACCUGAUUUCACCUACGAAAGCUUGUGUAUCCAGUACCCUGAGGAUGUACCAUGUGUACUCAAAACUGAACUAAUCCAUUUAUUGCCUAAGUUUGGUGGUCUUGCAGGUGAAGAUCCUCAUAUGCACAUCAAGGAGUUUCGUACUGUCAUAUCCACCAUGAAGCCUCCUGAAGUUGACAAAGAUCAUAUCUGUUUGAAGGCUUUCCCUCAUUCCCUUCAGGGAACUGCAAAGACCUGGCUGUAUAACCUGCCUCCUGCAUCCAUUACAAGCUGGGACGACCUAAAAAGAAUGUUCCUUGAGAAGUUCUUCCCUUCCUCUAGGACAACUUCAAUCAGAAAAGACAUCUCAGGAAUAAGGCAGCUACAUGGAGAGACUCUACAUGAAUACUGGGAAAGAUUCAAGACACCAUGUGUGAGCUGCCCCCAUCACCAGAUUUUCGAGCAGCUCCUAGUUCAGUAUUUCAAUGAGGGUCUUCACAACAUGGAGAGACAUCUCAUUGAUGCUGCUUGUGGAGGCGCAUUGAAUGACAUGACUCCUACUGAAGUCAGGCGUUUGUUUGAGAAGAUGGCUGCUAAUUUUCAGCAGUUUCAUACAAGGAGUAAUGAUGCUAUUAAAAGUGUUAAUGAGAUUGGGACAGAUCCAAGGAUGGACAAGCUUGAGAAGAGGAUGGAAACCAUUGCCACCUUGGAACCUACAGCUGAGAAUCCUGAAGCAUAUGCUGCCAACAUUUUCAACAAUCGACCUCAGCAAAACUAUGAUCUGUCAUCUAACAGAUAUAACCCUGGCUGGAGAAAUCAUCCAAAUCUUAGAUGGUCUGAUCAGACACAACAUGCCCAAGCACCGUUUCAGAAUAAUGCUAGACCAUAUGUGCCUCCUCCAGUUCAACAACAAGCGAACAACCCUGCUGCACCACAAGCUGCCCAAGCAUCGUCCUCCUUGGAGGAUUUGUUGAAGCAGUUCAAACAAUACACCAGAUCCUCCAUUCAAAGGCAUGAGGCAUCUAUUCAGAAUCUGACCAACCAGAUAGGACAGAUGGCUACUUCAAUAAUUCAGCUACAAUCCCAAAAUUCUGAUAAGCUGCCCUCUCAGACGGUUGUCAAUCCAAGAAAUAUGAGCGCCAUCACCUUAAGGUCUGGGAAGCAAAUUGAUGCAGACCAUGGACCAGAUCCUGAACUUGAAAAGGAGACAGAGACCAUUGCCACAAGAACUUUCAACGUACAACCACCUUCCAUUCCUCUUCCAUUCCCUUCGAAAGCUAUGCCAAGCAAGAAGAAGGAAGAGGUAGAUAAGAGAAUCUUGGAGAUAUUCAAGAAAGUGGAGGUGAACAUACCUCUACUUGAUGCACUCAAGCAAAUUCCAAGAUAUGCAAAGUUUCUAAAAGAAUUAUGCACUCAGAAAAGGAAGCUGAAAGGAAAUGAAAGAGUUCGCAUGGGGAGAAACGUUUCUGCAAUCAUAGGUAAAGCUGGUAAACCUGCUCCUGUUUCUGAUGUUCCUGAAAAGUGUGAGGAUCCAGGUACGUUUUCUGUUCCUUGUGUCAUAGGUGAUACUAAAUUUGAAAGUGUCAUGCUAGAUCUAGGAGCUUCAAUUAAUGUAAUGCCUAUGUCUAUUUUUAAAUCACUUUCACUUGGACCUCUGAAACCUACGGGUGUUGUCAUCCAAUUAGCAAAUAGGAGCACAGCACACCCUGCUGGUUGGGUAGAGGAUGUCUUGGUUAGGGUUGGUGAACUUGUUUUCCCUGCUGAUUUUUAUGUGUUUGAAAUGGAAAAAGGAUCUUCCCGUAAUACAGUUCCUAUCAUUUUGGGGAAACCAUUUUUAAAGACAGCCCGAACCAAGAUAAAUGUGUAUGCUGGAACAUUGACUAUGAAAUUCGGUGAUAUUGUGGUUAGGAUAAACAUUUUUGAUGCUAUGAAACAUCCACCUGAAGAUUAUUGUAAGACCCUAGACUUACCUAUGUAA